AUGCAGCAUUCACAGGCCUGGCUUCCACGAAUUGCUAUCGUCGGUGCCGGCAAUGGCUUCGAGGUCGUCGUGUACGAAAAAGAGAAGUACCUCAACGAGAGGGUUCGAGAAUGGACCAUGCUUAUCCACUGGGCCCUGCCGACGCUCCUCAAGCUGCUUCCCGAUCACAUCAUCGGCAACCUGCGCUCGGCCUACGUCGACCAGUGGUACCCUUACGACCAAGAGAAGGAGUUCCUCCCGUACUACAAUGGCAUGUCGGGCGAGCUAGCCUUCAAGGGAAAGCAGCUUGCGGACCUGCAAGUCCCCAAUUCCGCCGGCCCGGUCGCAAUUCGCUUUGGGGAUGGCGACUCGACGACCGCGGACGUCGUCUUUGGGGCGGACGGGUCCAACUCGCGCACGCGACGAUGGCUGCUGGGCGACGAAGCGAGCAAGACGUUGGAUUCGGAGCAUAUCAUUGCAAGUGGAAUAUUGAAGUACGAGACGGCAGAGCAAGCCGUCGCCGUCAAGAUGGGAUACCCACUUUGUACCAUUGCGCCAGUCAACGACGGCGUCAUCUUUACCCGUUCCGUCCCGGACCCAAAUGACCCCGUUAACUGGUCAUUCCACGUCGCUCGAGUCUGGAAAGGCAAGACGGACUUCCUCGAAGGCGCAGCGGCCAUCGCCAAGGCUAAGGCCAUGACCACGGAUCCCAACAUCAGCGAACCCUUCCGCUCGGCAAUCCAUUUGAUUCCAGACAAUGCCAACUUCACCGUCACACAGCUUCGCUAUUGGGAAACUGUUCCCUGGGACAACAAAGGCGGGAGGGUAACAUUGCUUGGCGAUGCGGCGCAUUGCGUAUUGCCAGGCCGUGGCCAAGGACUCAACCACGCUCUGGGCGACGUCGACGCGCUGGUUUCCGAGUUUCUCAGGGUCAAGGAGAACGGCAGCACCGUCAUCGAAGCGCUGCAAACAUAUAAGGCAGACGUCUUUGUGCGGGGCCCCAAGGCCGUGCGCGAGUCGCUCGAGGACACCGAGGCAAUCAUGAAGGUUAGAAACCUGGAGAAGUCUCGGCAGGCCCAGAAGGGCAUGGCGCUGUAG